AUGGGUGGGUUUUAUCCUCCCGCCGAGGCGACCCGCCCUGAACCAGGAGGUCACAAGAAAGCCGUGCAGGGCUCAACGACGAGAGCAUCCCAGAUAAUGCCGAUGGCAUCACCGAGCAGAAAACGAAAGGCCAUUUCUGUCGAUGAUCAACAGCAGCCAGAAAGCCCUGAAAAGCCGAAGAAGACAAAAACCGCAACAGGUGCCACCGGCGAGAAACGACUGCGUCGAUUUCGCCCGAAACCUCCCCAGAGCUUUCACGAUGUCUACCACCGGGCCACGACCCAGAGGUUCUACGUCCUCGAGCGACGGCGAUGCGGCACCGACGAUGCCCCAGAGGAGGAGGUCGAGCUGACCGGCUCUACCGGCAACGUCUACACCGUCCACAUUGGUCAGGUCCCAUCUUGUAGCUGCCCGCAUUCGUUGAAGGGCAACCAAUGCAAGCAUUGGCUCUAUGUCAUGUCGCGAGUCCUCCGCGCCAAGUAUGAACACACGUAUCAACUAGCUCUCGUUCCCAGUGAGCUCAGGGAGAUCUUUACACACGCUCCUCCUAUUGAUGCUCCGGCCGACGGGUCCCAGGACAAGAACCGUAAGCCUAUCGACGGCGACUGCCCUAUCUGCUUCUGCGAGUUUGAGGCCGAGAGCAAGGAAACCAUCGUGUGGUGCCGCGCGGCCUGCGGCCAGAACAUCCACAAGGAGUGUUUCGAAACAUGGGCUGCCACAAAGCGCCGCGGUGGCGGCGGCGGCGAUGUGACUUGUCCGUUCUGUCGUAGUGUCUGGCAAGGCGACGAGAAAAUGGUCAAGGAUAUAAAGAAAGGCGGCAAGGUCACCCGCGAGGGCUAUGUCAACGUCGCUGACCAGCUCGGUAUCAGCACUCAACGGGACUAUAGCACCUACUCCAGAUGGUGGACGCGAGGACAAGGCUACUAUUGA